AUGGCCCGUCUGCUGCUGCUCUCUAGUUUGGAGGCGCGAAGGCAAUCUUUCUUUGAGUCUUCAGAUUUCAUUCAUAUGUCCUACCCGGCGGAUGGUCUUGACAACUCUGAUAAGCGAAACAACAUGUCUACCCCCAUAAACACAACUCAUCAAGAAACAUCUCUCAUUUCUCAACCAAAUCCUAUUCCUUGA